UGAGUGGUUGGGUUUGGGUGGAGUUCGGUGGAGUAAAGUUGGAUGUACUAUACACAUUUUUUUCUCUCAAAUUAGCCAGGAUACGCUACAAUGUCAUAGCAGCAAGACCGUAGGAAUUCGGAAAGAAACCUGAUUUUAUCAUAGAACACGAGCAUAGAUAUAUCGAUAAUGGGUGAUGUAAGUGAAGAAUCGUUGUUGGAUUAUUUCUACUUAGCCGGAGGGAAAGUAAAAAAUUCAGAUUUAAUGAAAACAUACAAGCCUUUUAUUGGUCACAAGGACAUGGAGCUGCGUGCCAAAUACAGAGAGGAGUUCAAACAGACCAUCGACAGGAUUGCUGUUGUGAAAUCAGAGAAUGGUGAGAAGUACCUAGUUCUGAAGAAGAGAUACCGGCAGCAGAAGCAGGACAGUGAGACAGAGCCUGGGACAGACAGACAGGCCAGCCCUGCCAGGCCAUCGGCCUCAGCCCAGUGGGAUGGGUCAGGGGUCUCGUCUCUCUCCAGUGCCCAGAUGGAACCAGACCUCCAGCCUGAACCGGCCAGGGCAGAGGAGAGGAAGCCUUCCCAGGUGACGUGGUGUGGAAGAGGCCCCAGCAUUACUGUCACAGAGGCACCCGAGCAGGAGCACAUGCAAGAGGAUCAGCACACUGAGAGAAAACCCUCACCGUCUGUUUCGGAGGAACCCCUUGUGCACAGCAACGGGGAGAAUGAGCUAGACAGAGACUCAGGGUCAAAGUCAGAGUCCGAAGAGCAGGAAGAGGAGUGUACGGGCAGUAUGAGCUCCACCCCAGUGGCUCUGGACCCUGUGGAGAAGGAAUGGAUCUACUCUGCUGCGUGUGGCCGUCUCUCUGACCUCGCCCAGCUGCUACAACAGGAGCCCUCCCUGGCCAACAAGAAGGUCUGGGUGCCAUUUACAGCUCUACACUGGGCAGCCAAACAUGGCAAAGAGGACAUGGCUACCAUGAUGGCCAAUGCAGGGGCUGACAUCAACACUAAAUCUGGCUAUACACCCCUGCAUAUUGCAGCAUUGCACGGCCAUCGAAACAUUUUGGAGCUGCUCAUUGGAAAAUAUGAUGCGAAGGAGAACCUCCGGGACUACAGUGGCCAUCUUGCAUGCCAGUACCUGAACAUCAGGGAGCCUACAGAGGAUGACAGAGCAGCUCCAGAGGAGAUACAAUUCCCUGAGUUCCAUGUGGCCCAGGCCAGAGAGCGCAGCAGGAACAGGAAGUUGACCUCGUUGUUCCAGUCCAAGAAGAAGUGGGGCUCAGCGGAGGAGCUAGCCCCUGUAGAGGAGGAAAAGGUGGCACUAGCACCCCAUCAACUCAUCGUCCCUGCAUUCAGACCCAGGAAAUUCUCACGCUGAGAAAGUAGGUAACCAAAUGCCCCAACAUGCAAUGAUGACAUAAGUACAUGUCAGUCAGUGUAUGUUUAUUUGAAUUUGAAUGUAUGCUUUUAUGGUAUGUAUGCUUGUAUGUCUCGUGCCUUCGGAAAGUAUUCAGACCCCUUGACUUUUUCCACAUUUUGUUACAUUACAGCCUUAUUCUAAAAAUUAUUAAAUAGAUUUUCCCCCUAAUCAUCUACACACAAUACACCAUAAUGACAAAGCAAAAACAGGUUUUUAGAAAUGUUGCUAAUUUAUUAUUAUUUUUAAAUGGAAAUAUCACAUUUACAUAAGUAUUGAGACCCUUUCCUCAGUACUUUGUUGAAGCACCUCUAGCAUCGAUUAUUCUUGGGGAUGACGCUACAAGUUUGGCACACCUGUAUUUGGGGUGUUUCUCCCAUUCUUCUCUGCAGAUCCUCUCAAGCUCUGUCAGGUUGGACUGGGAGCGUUGCUGCACAGCAAUUUUCAGGUCUCUCCAGAGAUGUUUGAUCGGGUUCAAGUCUGAGCUCUGGCUGGGCCACUCAAGGACAUUUAGAGACUUGUCCUGAAGCCACUCCUGUGUUGACUUGGCUGUGUGGUUGGGGUCAUUGUCCUGUUGGAAGGUGAACCUUCGCCCCAGUCUGAGGUACUGAGCGCUUUGGAACAGGUUUUCAUCAAGGAUCUCUCUGUACUUUGCUCCGUUCAUCUUUGCCUUAAUCCUGACUAGUCUCCUAGUCCCUACCGCUGAAAAACAUCCCCACAGCAGGAUGCUGCCACCACCAUGCUUCACCAGAGGGAUGUUGCCAGGUUUCCUCCAGAUGUGACGCUUGGCAUUCAGGCUAAAGAGUUCAAUCUUGGUUUCAUCAGACCAGAGAAUCUUGUUUCUCAUGGUCUGAGAGUAUUUAGGUGCCUUUUGGCAAACUCAUAGUGGGCUGUCAUGUGCCUUUUACUGAGGAGUGGCUUCCAUCCGGCAACUCUACCAUGAAGGCCUGAUUGGUGGAGUGCUGCAGAGAUGGUUAUCCUUCUGGAAGAUUCUUCACAGAGGAACUCUGAAGCUCUGUCAGAUUGACCAUCAGGUUCUUGGUCACCUCCCUGACCAGCUCUAGGAAGAGUCUUGGUGGCGCCAAACAUCUUCCAUUUAAGAAUGAUGGAAGCCACUGUGUUCUUGGGGACCUUCAAUGCUGCAGACUUUUGUUGGUACACUUCCCCAAAUCUGUGCCUCGACACAAUCCUGUCUCUGAGCUCUACGGACAAUUCCUUCGACCUCAUGGCUUGGUUCUUUCUCUGACAGGCACUGUCAACUGUGGAACCAAGUAUGUGCCUUUCCAAAUCAUGUCCAAUCAAUUGAAUUUACCAAAGGUGGACUACAAUCAAGUUGUAGAAACAUCUCAAUGAUGAUCAAUGGAAACAGGAUGCACCUGAACUAAAUUUCGAGUCUCGUAGCAAAGGGGCUGAAUACUUAUGUACAGUUGAAGUCGGAAGUUUACAUACACCUUAGCCAAAUACAUUUAAUCUCAGUUUUUCACAUUUCCAGACAUUUAAUCCUAGUAAAAAUUCCUUGUCUUAGGUCAGUUAGGAUCACCACUUUAUUUCAAGAAUGUGAAAUGUCAGAAUAAUAGUGUAGAGAGUGAUUUAUUUCAGCAUUUAUUUAUUUCAUCGAAUUCCCAGUGGGUCAGAAGUUUACAUACACUCAAUUAGUAUUUGGUAGCAUUGCCUUUAAAUUGUUUAACUUGGGUCAAACCUUUCAGGUAGCCUUCCACAAGCUUCCCAUGAUAAGCUGGGUGAAUUUUGGCCCAUUCCUCCUGACAGAGCUGGUGUAACGGAGUCAGGUUUGUAGGCCUCCUUGCUCACACACGCUUUUUCAGCUCUGCCCACAAAUUUUCUUUGGUAUUGAGGUCAGGCUUUGUGAUGGCCACUCCAAUACCUUGACUUUGAGGUCCUUAAGCCAUUUUGCCACAACUUUGGAAGUAUGCUUGGGGUCAUUAUCCAUUGGAAGACCCAUUUGCGAUCAAGCUUUAACUUCCUGACUGAUGUCUUGAGAUUUUGCUUCAAUAUAUCCACAUAAUUUUCCUGCCUCAUGAUGCGAUCUAUUUUGUGAAGUGCACCAGUCCCUCCUGUAGCAAAGCACCCCCACAACAUGAUGCUGCCACCCUCGUGUUUCAUGGUUGGGAUGGUGUUCUUCGGCUUGCAAGCGUCCCCCUUUUUCCACCAAACAUAACGAUGGUCAUUAUGGUCAAACAGUUCUAUUUUUGUAUCAUCAGACCAGAGAAAAUUACUUCAAAAAGUAAGAUCUUUGUCUCCAUGUGCAGUUGCAAACUGUUUUGGAGCAGUGCUUUCUUCCUUACUGAGCAUCCUCUCAGAUUAUGUAGAUGUAGGACUCGUUUUACUGUGGAUAAAUAUACUUUUGUUACUGUUUCCUCCAGCAUCUUCACAAGGUCCUUUGCUGUUUUUCUGGGAUUGAUUUGCACUUUUCGCACGAAAGUACGUUCAUCUCUAGGAGACAGAACACAUCUCCUUCCUGAGCGGUAUGACUGCUGUGUGGUCCCAUGGUGUUUAUAUUUGCGUACUAUUGUUUGUACAGAUGAACAUGGUACCUUCAGGCGUUUGGAAAUUUCUCCCAAGGAUGAACCAGACUUGUGUGGGUCUACAAUUUUCUUCUGAGGUCUUGGCUGAUUUCUUUUGAUUUUCCCAUGAUGUCAAGCAAAGAGGCACUGAAUUUGAAGGUAGGCCUUAAAAUACAUCUACAGGUACACCUCCAAUUAACUCAAAUUAUAUCAGUUAGCUUUAGAAGCUUCUGAUAGGCUAUGACAUAAUUUUCUGGAAUUUUCCAAGCUGUUUGAUGGCACAGUCAACUUAGUGUAUGUAAACUUCUGACCCACUGGAAUUGUGAUACAGUGAAUUAUAAGUGAAAUAAUCUGUCUGUAAACAAUUGUUGGAAAAAUUACUUGUCAUGCACAAAGUAGAUGUCCUAACCGACUUGCCAAAACUAUAGUUUGUUAACAAGAAAUUUGUGGAGUGGUUGAAAAACGAGUUUUAAUGACUCCAACCUAAGAGUAUGUAAACUUCCGACUUCAACUGUAAAUACCUUUUCUUUUUCUUUUUUUUUGUCAAACAUUCUAAAAUCCUGUUUUCGCUUUGUCAUUAUGGGAUAUUAUGUGUAGAUUGCUGAGGAUUUUUAUUUAUUUAAUCAAUUUUAGAAUAAGGCUGUAAUGUAACAAAAUGUGAAAAGUCAAGUGGUCUGCACUGUAUGUAUGCUUUUAUGGCGUAGAGAGCUCUAACUAUUGACCUGUUUUUUUUUGUUGUUUAUCACUUUGCUACAAUACAAUCAAUCUCCAAACAUUAUUUGAUUGUCAUUUUAUUCAAUUUAAAAAGUCUCAUUUUAUUCUUGAGAGACAAAAUGUUACAAAAACUUUACAUAUGGAGCUAUUUUGCAUGCUGCAUUGAUUUUUGUCUUGUUCUUUCAAUUUAGUCUGUAUUUGAAUUUUGCUUGCCUUUUUCUCACACCAUGUUUAAUUAUGAAAGCGAACAAAUUUAACAAGCAGGUGGAAUGCAAACAUUAUUUCUCGUUGCGAGGGCUGAUUUGACAUUCCAGAUUUGAAGUGCCAUGUUUAUAUGUUAAUUGCGUUCCGUUGUUGUCAGUUGGUUAAUAAGGGAUGUUGUUUUGUAUAAGUUUACCCUCAGUAUUUACAUUGUAUUUCUAUUGAAGGACAAAACAAUAACAGAUUAUUGGCAUAGAGUAGUCAGUUCACAAUGAAGUUGCUGUUUUAUAAGAUGUUGAAACAAGGGUUAAUUGAUGUGCCAUGACUUUGCAUCGUGUGUUUUUUCUCAAGUUGUCAGUAUCUCUCAGUCUGAACAUGCCUCUGAUCAAGCUUGUUUUGUUUUGCACAUUAUUUAUAUUUUAGUAAAUAUUUUGAUAUUAAACUGCCAUUUUGUGCUACAAA